UUUCCUCGAUGCGCAACGCACUUGCCGUGGGAAAUCACAUUUGGCUGUUGCCGUUGUCAACUCUAUUCCCAGCCCCGCGUGACGUCACUGCGACUUCGCGACGAGAAAAAAACAGCAAAAAGGUCCAAACCUUCGCACCCACGGGCCCUGCGCCAGCCAUCAGCCGCGACAGGGUGCUGAGAGAAAAUCGCCCGACCGUUCCAGAUGCAUCCAAAACAUGCCAUGGAAUCAUCCCAACUCCCGAACUCUCCGCCACGGGGAUCACGCCGUCACCGCUUCGUUCUUUGUACCCUCUCCUUCAAAGACCCUCUCUCACCAUGCAACCAACGCCUGUCUUUAUCUACAACAGCAGUGGAGGAAUGAACAGAGGACACAAAACCUCCGUGAUCCAUGUUCAACGGUGAUGUGCAGUGGGCACAUCUCCACAUGACUCAGUCGUCUUCCGACCCUGACCCCGGGCAAUCUCACUCAUUCCUUCAUACGCCACGCCACGGUCGUCAGUCGUCAGUCGUCAGUCGUCAGUCGUCAGCAUCGUGGAACCCUCUCACCAUUGAUCCCGUGGACACUCUGCAUAUUCCUCUGCACCACCAACCGUGCCGUUCGACAUUGGUGCCCGAGACAUCUCUUCUACCCCUCCAUACAACCCGUAAUCUAGCGAACUCCAACUUCUUCUCCUCUCCGUCGUCGAGUCGUCUUGGAUUGAUUCGUCUUAGACAGGAACAAGUUACUUACAUACCCACAUUUCUCAACCCAACCCCCUGCCCCACGUCCAAACUGAACUUACCCCAUGCUCUCUUUGCAUGGCUUCUGUGGACAGUUAGUCCAGAUAUCCAUGCCCCAAUGACGACAUUAACCGUUCUACCUUUUAUUUCCACCUCCUUCACCGCCAUCCUACCUUUCCUCACUGGUCGCCACUUGGCGGAAUAG